UGUGUGCCCGCCUACAUCGAACCUGAGAGGGUGAGGCAGGCCGCUCUGGAGGAGCUAGACGCCUUAGAGAGUCUCGCUUCUCAUCAGUGGGUUGAUGGGUCCUAUUUCUUUCUCGACCGAGAUGGCCGCUUUCGACACACCAUGAGGGACGAACGCUCCUGGCAGGUCCGCAUACUCUUAGCGACAGUUUCCAUUCAGUCUCUCUUUUCUCCACGUGAUCGUUUGAUCCCGAGGGAGCAUCUGCGAUUAACGGCGGCGCGCCACGAUCUCCUUAUUGCCAUACUUGUUCACUCACUUUUGUGGACUCGAGACGGAGUCGUCGAUGCCUUUGGCAAGGGAGUUGCGCUUGAGCGCAGGUGGGUCCUGUCUCCCGACGCCAUCGUGCAGUUUAUGGAUAAGGUCCGUGACACGAACAGGCGGUACCGCUACGAGCAGGUGCGAGACUUUCUCGAGAAGGUCCCUGUGGGGUCUCUGGAUAAAGAUGUGUCCAGUUGGAUCUCGACAAAUGUGGCGGUGGUAGCUUCCUGCUGGGAUCCGCUGCAUAGGCUUGGUGAGGUGCCCGCCUGUGCCUGUCGCCUU